GAGGCGGCCAUGGGCGGCGGGACGCGGGCGACGGCGCGGGGCCGGGCCGGGCCGCUGCUGCUGCUGCUGGCCUUGGCGGCGGCCUUGGCAGCGGGGAGCGCCACGGGGGCACCGCGAGGGGACUGCCUCUUGCCUUGUGUGAUUGGCCGAUGCCGGGCUGCUUUUCCUAGGUGGUGGUACAAUGCCACAAGCCAGGUGUGCCAAGAGUUCAUGUUUGGUGGCUGUAGAGGCAACGCCAACAACUUCUUGUCAGAGAAGGAGUGCCUUCAGACAUGUGCCGCAGGUGGAGAGGAAGAGAUGACGGGCAUCCCACUGACCAGCCAGAGCGGGACAGAGGCUGUGUCCACCACUAGCCACCGUCACCAGCAGGCAGAGGACACAGCCCGCUUCCAAGAAUACUGUGCUGCUCCCCCGGUUACUGGCCGCUGCCGUGCCUCCUUCCCCCGCUGGUUCUUCAGCACUGAAACACGAACUUGCAAGAUGUUCAUCUAUGGUGGCUGUGGGGGCAACAGGAACAACUACCUCCUGGAAGAAGACUGCUUGAGCCAGUGUGUUAGGGACAUGGAGCUACCUGGGGAGUCAGAAGAGGUCCCCAACACACAUGGCCGCAUCUUUCCCGACUCAGCAGUGCAUUCCACCAGAGCUGUGGUCCUUGCGGUGCUCUCGGCCCUUAUGCUGGCUUCCCUACUCCUGGUCGUUGUCAAGAUCUGCCACAAGUCCCGGGAGCUCUCACAGGCCGCGGUGUGGAGCACGAUGGACGACAAGGAGUUCCUGAUGCGUGACAGCCACACACUCUGAGGGCGCCAGCCAGCACAAGCACGCCCCAGCAGCUGCUGGGUGCAUGUAAAUAGGAGGAGGGGACCAGCCCCCUUCAGCUCGUGCUUUAUAGGAACACGGAUCAUAAAUCUCUCUUAAGGGGCUCCUUUUCUUGUGUCCAGGUUGACUUUUUAGCACAGCUCUGUCCAGUAUCCUCCCAGAGGAACUCUCUCCCCACCUGCCUGCUGUGAAGGUUUGCUUCCCUUUUGUGCAAGGGCUCUGGUCUUGGAUCUGGCCACGAAGUUGCCGGGAUCUAAGCAAGCAGAAGUGCUUUCCGCCCGAGUGGUCAUGGAUCUUGUCUGAGGGUUGGUGCCGGUGCGAUUGGCACUGCAUGCAAGAGGCUGACCUGGAAGGUGCCGACCAGCUCCUCCUUGGCCUGUGGCCCUUCUGAAGCCAAGAUGCAAGGAAGGCUGGCCCCACAAGCAAAGCUUCUUAGGUGUGCGCUAGGGCAAAGCCCCGUAACUGGGUCCUCUCUCCAGUCUUUCCUCACCUGGGAGCGAGGAAGGAUCGGUGGGCUCAAGAAGAAACCUCUUGCUUGCCUCGGGAUCAGACCCUCCCGGGACGGAGGGGGCUGCCUGCGCAGGGCUGUGGUUCCAGGGAUGGAGGUGUUGACAGGCAGAGGAUGGGCUCUGCUGAUGCGGCAGUUUCUUGGGGGAUGGGGGGGGGCUCUGCUGGGCCAUGACACAGAAACCUCUAGAGGGGGCUCAUAUCCCACAGGCACAAUUUGAUGCCUAAAGGUACCCCCCCCUCUGAGCCAUCCAGCUGUGAGGUCUCUGCACUGGGUGGGUUCUUGUUCCCAAAGGCAGCCAAUGUGCUUGUCUCCCCCCCUCCCCCCCCGCCAUGCUCUCCUCUGGCUCAGCUGCAUGCAUGCAGGCCGCAGCCCCAUGCCACCACCUCCAUCCAAGCACCUGUUAGGCACACCCUCUGAGCCAGACACCCAGCCUCUGCCUCUUGUGCACCUUCUUGCCUUGGGGGCAGGGUGGGGGGUGAAGACUGCGCCUCUUCUUCCCAGGGUGGGGGCAGAGUUUUCUCCUUGCUCGAGCAAAUUUCUACGUCUGUUGCACAGGGAAUUUUUAUACUCUUUUUUUUAAAAAAAAUUGAAACUUGAUUGUGUUUAAAGUUUAUGGAAUUAUCCCUUUAAUAGUGGAAAGUCUUGGAAUAAACCUGCAAAACCA